AUGGCGACCGGAGAAGAAGCUCGCGAUGCUCCAAUCGCGCAGCAGUCGAAGCCAACCAAAGGGUGGUGGAAACGAUUGAUUGGAACGAAUGUACCUGAGACGCCUACCGUCGCCACCAGUCAAAGUCCCUAUCGUCCCAAAGCCACCCUUGGCAUCCUUAGUGAUAAGCAGACAGAUGAAGUGCCUGGAACUGUUCUCCUGCUCUCUUCGAACCGCAACGAGCCUCUCGGUCUGAACCAUCAACCGCAUCGUGAAUCUAGCUCAUCCCUGCCUUCACCUUACCCCCCGUCACGUUCCUCCUCUCGUGCGCGCCAGCCCAUAAAAAAGACGGCAGAUGGCAAUAUCGUGCUAGAACCACAGCCCGAUGAUUCAAUUAACGACCCCCUCAACUGGCCUGUGUGGCGGCGAGAUGCUGCGUUGGUGUCAUUGGGAUUCUACUGUCUGAUGGGAGGUGGCAUGACUCCGAUCCUUGCUGCCGGGUUCAGCCAAGUAGCUGCUGCAUAUGAUGUGGAUACGCAGAAGGUCGCUUAUACAACGGGCUUGUACAUGUUGGGUCUCGGGGUUGGGUCUGUGAUCAUGUCUCCAACAGCCAUUCUCUUCGGCAAACGGCCGGUCUAUCUUCUAGGCGCGACCCUCUUUAUCAUCUCGGCAGUCUGGUGUGCGCUGUCGCCUAAUUAUGCCAGUCUGGUCGUCGCUCGGAUUUUUCAGGGAAUUGCAGUGAGCCCAGUCGAAUGCUUGCCAUCUGCAACUAUUGCUGAGAUUUACUUCCUGCAUGAGCGGGCGUACCGUGUGGGCAUCUACACGCUCCUGCUUCUGGGUGGCAAAAACCUCAUCCCCCUGGUCAGCGCAGCCAUUAUUGGAAGCCUGGGAUGGCGCUGGGUUUUCUGGAUCGUUGCCAUCGUCGUUGGCGCUUGUCUGGUCCUCCUUUUCUUCUUUGUCCCUGAGACCUUUUGGGAUCGGACGCCUCGGCCACGACGGGCCCACAAACGCCCCAGCUUUUACCACAGCGUGUCAAACAUCGUGUCGCACGGAUUAAGGGGUCGACCGCCGCAUGCUCAUCGCUUGGAGGAGACCCCGCCGGACCACGAUCCCACAUCACCAGAGCCGAAGAAACCCAAGAAGGGCCACGUUGGUUUUGUGGAUGAUCAUGAUGAGGAACCAGAGACCAUCCCCGAGAAGGUAGAAGGUAUUGAUGAGGAGAAUCACCUGUCUCCUGCACGCAAUGCACCAGCUGUGGAGCAUCCUGACAUCGAGUCAUCGCCGAGCGAGGACCCCGAGAAGUCUCAUGGAGUCCAUCAUCCUCCCGCUUUGGCGCACACUUAUCAACACGAUCUCGAAGCUGCUCGAUACACCGCCAUAUCACCAGCUCGCAGUGAGUCACCUGAUCUAGGUCCACCGAUCACAUCGGCAGCUCAUUACACCAAUCGACUCCGGGAGCAGCCGUCUAUCCCGUACACAUACUAUCUCCGCCCGUGGAAUGGCCGUAUCGCCCAUGACAACUGGUUCCGAGUGGCGCUGCGGCCAUUCAUUCUGUUUGCGUAUCCGUCUGUGCUGUGGUCGACGGUGGUGUAUGCCUUGUCAGUCGGCUGGCUCAUUGUCCUGUCGGAGUCGGUUGCUACCAUUUACGAGAAUCGGGACGCCUACAACUUCACCGCUCUGCAAACUGGUCUCAUCUACAUUUCGCCAUUCGUGGGGGGGCUGCUAGGGACCGCCGUGGCCGGUAAGGUGUCCGACAUCAUCGUCCAAUAUAUGACCCGACGCAACGGAGGCGUCUACGAGCCAGAGUUCCGACUGGUGAUGGCAAUACCCAUUGCAAUUUCGACGACAAUCGGACUGAUGGGGUUUGGAUGGAGUGCCCAAGAGCGGGAUGCGUGGAUUGUGCCAACAAUUUUCUUCGGGCUGGUCUCGUUUGGGUGCUGCCUGGGGAGUACGACGGCCAUCACGUUCUGCGUCGAUAGCUACCGCCAGUACGCGGGAGAAGCGUUGGUGACUUUGAACUGGAGUAAGAAUGUGUUCCAUGGCCUGAUCUUUUCGCUUUUUAUUGUUGACUGGUUGGAUGCGGAGGGUUCCCGGAUGGUGUUUAUCGCUCUGGGAGUGAUCCAGCUGGGGUGUCUGUUAUUCUCGAUUCCCAUGUACAUUUAUGGCAAACGGGCGCGGAUGUGGACGGUUCGGAUGCGCCUGAUGGAACGAUUUUAG